AUGGCUGAAGCACAGCCACACAGCAAACAGCAUCACCACCGCUCCCGCUUCUUUCAAUCCGCCUCCGGAAAACUCACCGCGUUUUUUCAAAAACUGCCCAAAAAACUGCCCAAGAACAUCCAACUCCUGCCGUCCCCGCGUGGGGCGUCGGCACAAGCAGCCGCCCACGACGUGCGCCUCACGCCGCCCCAACCGCUCCUUCCCGUCAAGCCACUUGCCACUCCAGGCCACGCGCUGCCACCCGAUGCCGUCCCAGCCCGCACCCUGGCGCCUGCGGAAGCUUCUCAGCAGGUGCAGCAUAGCCGCAUAAGUAAGCCGUUGGAGGAGGCUGGGCGGAGAGGUGAAGGGAAGGCGUGGCAGGAGUGGCAGGGGGAGGGCGAAGAGGAGGACGAUGAGAGAAAGGGUAGAGAGGAGGAGGAGCGAGGGGGUAGUGUGGAGCAGGGUCAGACUGAACGGCGCGAGCAGAGUGCAGGCAGCCGCGAGAGUCCCUGCAGUGUGGUUACCAGCAGCAGUAGGGUUACCAGCAGUACUACCAGCAGUCGGGUUACCAGCAGCACACGGAGCAGAGAUGGUAGUUAUGGAAACAGCAACGCGUGCAUUACAGAGGAAAAGGAAACCACAGCUGCUCCGCUUCAGUGUGCCUCCCAGUCAGCCGCUUGUGCUGCUGCUGCUGAUGAUGACGCUGCUCCCAGCAGCAGCACCACUGCUCCCACUGGUGCUGAUUCCUUAAGUACUGCUUUACCUGCUGAUUCUAAAAGCAUCUCAGCUGCUGCUGCUGCUGCUUCUGCUGUUGCUGCUGCUGCCAAUAGCACCACCGCCACUGGCGGUAUUCUCAAGGGUGCACAUUGGGGGCUGAGCCGGGCGGCAGAUCAUAUCUUGGGGCAGGCGUACGAGGAUCUGAGUGAGAGAUACGCGGUGGAGGGGCGGCAGGUGGGCAGCGGGCAGUACGGCGUGAUUCGGCGGUGUGUGGAGGAGGGCACGGGGCGCGUGUGGGCGUGCAAGACGAUCGACAAGCGCAAGAUCAAGACCUCAGCCCAAGCCAAUGACCUGCGCAGCGAGGUGGCAACCCUACAGCUGCUGCACGGGCACCCAUCAGUCAUCACUCUCAUCGAUGCAGUUGAAGACUCCCACCACGUGCACCUGCUCAUGGACCUCUGCUCGGGCGGCGAUCUCUUCGACCGCAUCUCGCUGGGCGGGCCGCUGAGCGAGCAGUGCGCGGCCGGCGUGUGUCGGCAGCUAGCGGAGGCGCUGCUGCACUGCCACCGGCGGGGCGUGGUGCAUCGAGACGUCAAACCCGAGAAUAUCCUCCUCGUGGGCAGCCGAGGAGGUGCAAAAGCAGGAGAGAAAGGAGCAAAAGCAGGAGCGGAAGGAGGAGGAAACGGCAAGAGCCAAGACACCAAGGCUCCGCGGAUCAAGCUCGUGGAUUUCGGAAUCGCGCGGUUCUUCCGAGACGGGGAGAAGAUGCGCGACUGCCUCGGCACACCCGAGUACAUGGCUCCAGAGCUGCUGCUCGGGUCGUACGGGCCUGAAGUGGACGUGUGGAGUGCGGGCGUGGUGACCUAUGUGUCUAUUUGCGGGCAUCCGCCCUUCUGGGCCUCGGCGUCUAUGGGCCAGUCGCUGCAGGAGGCGAUUCUGACCAGGGAUGUCACGUUUGCGACUCCUGGAUGGGUGGGGGUUUCGGCGGGGUGUAAGGAGCUUAUACGGAGGAUGCUGCAUAAGAAUCCUCGGAAGAGGAUCACUCUGCUGGAGGUGCUUGUCGUGCUUACCAGUCGGGAUCCCUGCCAUUUACACCACUCGCUGUGUGCAUGA